AUGGCUUCUGGGGCUCUUGUGUAUCCAACUAUUGUGCCAAUCCCAGUUGAUCUUUUUGCCUCCAAGAAACAUCUUGAUCUUAAUGGUGACUUGGGUUUUGUUGACUGUCUAGAAAAUAAUGUUUUCAAGGUCAAUUUUGACAAGUCUACAAAAUCAUCACCCAAGAGGGAAGGUUCUUGGCAAGGUUUUAAGGGUGGUAAUAAUAGGGAGAAGGACUUGAUCUAA